AUGUGUGACUGUUUGCGACAAUUAUGGCUGCUGACACACAAGAAUCUGAUUCUGAGCCGGCGUAAUAAAGUAUGGACGUUGUUCGAAGUGAUUCUACCUAUUAUAUUCCUUCUUCCAGUCACAUUGCUCGUUGUGAGGGGUGGCACCGUGCAGUUGUCACCAGGUAGUUCGUUCGAGCCUGUGCCCUUGGAGGGUGGAGCAGAAGACAUCACUAUUUAUGAGGCGUUCUCAUCCAUACAAGAGCGUUGGUGCGAUCGUGGACAUGUUCUUAUAGCUUAUUCCACACAAGAAAAUCAUGAUUCCGUGGAGGAUUUGAUGAACGAACUGGCCGCUCGAUUCAGCAACUCUUCUGUAAAAGUAGACGUCGUGUACAUAAAAGACGAGACGCACUUACUUGAUGAACUUCGUGCAGACGCUCCCAAUAGCAGUGAUUUUGGUUGCUGUAUCAACAAAUACGCAGGUGGUGUGAUAUUCAACCAGUUUGACACAGAAGCUGCUAAGCUUGAUUACAAACUACUCGUACCUGCUGGCACCAGUAUCUUUGAUGAUUGGUAUCUCGAUGAGGAAUGGGAUGAACCAUUUGAAAUCGAUGAGAGUGGCUAUAGGUGA